UGUAGGUAAUGCUGGAGGCAAGCUACACAACUACACAUUAAGAUUUAGCUGAUGCCGAUGCUGAUUGCCUGACGUGAAGCAAUCACAACAUCUAUCACUUCUUGAUUACUGUAUCGGAACGCCACUUCCGUCACCGGAGUGAGAGUCCAAUCUUACCCCUUCACCACUCAACUUAACAUGCCGUCUGAUUUUCUGACCUCCUCUGAUCGGAUUCAUCAAAAUGGCCGCAAGUACUUCAAAAAGUAUGGACGAGGACAUCAGAGAAUCUCGCGACUUAUCGAGAAUACCAGAGACUUAUCGAUUAAUGCACCAAGAAGAAGACAAAGACAUGCUCGACGACCAUUUGCUCCAUACAAAACGGCUCGGUGACUACAUAAACCAUCAUCGAUACAGACAUUUAUGCACGGCUUUGAAGCUCAUAGUGCUAUGUCUCGCGGGCUGGGGAGUUUUCAACCUCUGGGAAUUUUGGCCGGGCUCAAACCAGCCCCCGAAUUCUCACACCGGCCACGAUCAUGCCGCUACACCAGAUGAGUAUAUCUGUGACUGCGGGUCUUCAACAAAGGAAGCAGUCUCUCUCGGAUGUCAGUUUGUGCCCAUGGCAGCAGCUUGGCUCCCACCAGCCUGUAUCGAUGAGGAGCUGAGCCACGAAUUCAACACCGCCGGCCCCGGCAUCAACGGAGAAUGGACAUACUGGGCUGAUCGUGACCAUCUACACGAGAUCAGUGAGAAAGAUGUCUCACUUCUGGCUGAUACUGGAGAACUGUUCUAUGGGACUUGGGAGUGGCACGUCAAACAUUGUACCUUCCAGUGGCGACUGGACUACCGUCGCAGGUGGCUGAAUACGACCUUGGAGCCGAGAUAUGAUCAUGAGAGCCAUAUCACGCAUUGCCAGAUGAUCAUCUUUGCAGAUCGGACGAAGUCGACUGCGAGCAAUGUGAAGCUGAACAGCAGCAGCCAUAUGCCACCGCAUGGUCAUGAAAUGCACGGAAAACGGUGGUCUGCGGUGUCGGAACCAAUCAUUCAUUUGAUUGAUUAAUAGAUCCUCGCCGUCAAGAUGCGUUGGGAUCAGACUCGAUUCCCGAAAUUGUUGACAAGUAUCAUAUAAUAUAUAUGUAUCAAAUUCGAUGUUCUGUCU